CUUCCAGACUCCAGUCAGGAAUACACUGAUUCCACGGGGAUCGAUGUGCACGAGUUCCUGGUGAACACACUGAAAAACAACCCCAGAGACAGAAUGAUGCUGCUCAAGCUGGAACAGGAUAUCCUGGAUUUCAUUAAUGAUGAGAAUAAUCAGUAUAAGAAGUUUCCUCAAAUGACCUCAUAUCAUCGCAUGCUGCUGCAUCGGGUCGCUGCCUACUUUGGCAUGGAUCACAACGUGGACCAAACCGGCAAAGCGGUCAUUAUCAACAAGACCAGCAACACACGCAUCCCCGAGCAGAGGUUCUCUGAGCACAUUAAAGAUGAGCGCAACAUGGACUUCCAGAAGAAGUUCAUCCUGAAGCGAGACGAUGCCAGCAUGGAUAAAGACGAUAAUCAGAUCCGGGUACCGCUGCAAGACGGCCGGCGCAGUAAGUCCAUCGAGGAGCGAGAGGAGGAGUACCAGCGCGUCAGAGAUCGCAUCUUUGCACGAGAAGUAAGAACACAGGCUUGCAUACUGUCCAUUGACGGCUACUCCUCGUCCUCCCAAAAGCGGAGGCAGAUUUUUAGGGGUAACAGGGAAAGCUCCAGCCGGGCCUCCAGCAGUCGCCAGAGCAGCACCGACAGCGACAUGAAGAGCCUGGAGCCGCGUCCGUGGAGCAGCACAGACUCUGACAGCUCCAACCGCACGCUCAGACCUCCGGUCACCAAAGCCAGCAGCUUCAGCGGUAUCUCCAUCCUCACACGCGGAGACAGUCUGGGCAGCGCCAGGGGCUCCCGCACAGGUCUUCCCACAGUCACUCUGGACGUUUGUACCCCAGCUCAGCCGCUCCAGCAGAGCCGCGGGCUCCUGCCGUGUCCCCCGAACUGCCCCUCCGGAGCCCCUCAGACCCCGAGCCAACCGGCCCCUCCGCCGCUGCUGCCGACCCCGACUCUCACACACACACACUCUCACACACACACUCACACACAGCACGCCAUCAGCGCGCACAAUCACAUGCUGCCUCAGGGAGAGGAGUUGACUCCAGGUUUUGGGCAGAUGUCUCUCAGCCGUCAGAGCUCCAGCGAGGCACCUGAGCCACCCAGCCUAUACCAGCCUCCACCCGCCGUACUAUCCCAGCAUCCUCCACCGCAGCCCAGCUACAUCUUGCCCCCGCCACCCUCUGGAUACCAGCCCGCUGCUCCACACCCGCAUCCUCCUCCACCACCGCCUCCACCAACACAACCCAUCCUACAGACAGCUCCGCCCGCGCAGGGAUACAUGCAGCCUCCACCACAGCAGAUCCAGGUUCAGUAUUAUUCCACCGGAGGACAGUAUCCGAAUUCAGGCCAGCAGUUCCGCUCCAUCUCUCACCAGGUGUCAUACCCCACACAGCGCUCUCAGCCGCUGCCCCCGCCGGCGCAGCCCUCCGCUCCUCUCCAGCCCAUGAUGACCAAUCAGCAGCCUGCGUACCAGAGCAUGAUGGGAGUCCAGCAGUCUCAGAGCGCCAGUAUGAUGAACACGCAGCGCACGGCCAUGAACGGACAGAUGCCGGGCAUGAUGGUCCAGUACCCACCCAUGCCCUCCUAUCAGGUGCCUGUAGCUAAUGAGAGUCAGUCUGUGGUGCAGCAGCAGUACCAGCAGCCCGUCAUGGUUCCCGCCAGUCAGUCUGUACAGGGAGCCAUGCCGACCGCGGCACCCAUGCCCGUCUACUACAGCGUACUGACGCCCACACAACAGAACAGCACAAGUCCAUCUGUGGGUUACUUGCAGCCUCCCAGUUCAGAUCAGUACCAGAUGACCCAGUCUGCGUCACCCUGCAGCCCACAGCCAAUGCAACAGCAGUAUUCAGGGGUUCCUCCUCCUGGUCCUGGUGUGAUGGUAAUGCAGCUCAGCGUCCCGACUUACCAGGGUUCCUCCUCCUGGUCCUGGUGUGAUGGUAAUGCAGCUCAGCGUCCCGAACGGACCGCAGCCGACCCAGAAUCCUCCUCUGGUGCAGUGGAACCCCUGCAAGUACUACAGCAUGGAGCAGAGACCCAGCAACCCCGAGCCGCAGGGUCUCCUCCUCCCAUCAUGCACAACCACAACCAGUCCUCCUACAGCUCCCAUCAGAGUCAGGGAGUGAUGAAGCACGGAGCGCGGGGGAAAAGACAAACGCUCAAAUCUGCCUCUACAGACCUGGGCACUACUGACGUGGUGGUGAGUCGGGUGCUGGAGGUGACCGACCUCCCCGAGGGCAUUUCUCGUCCGGAGGCCGAUAAGCUCUUCAACCAGCUCUCGCUCUGCGGCGCCAAGAUCCAGUGGCUGAAGGACCCUCAGUGUCCCCGGGGCCCCGGCGGCGGACGGGGAGACGCCAGGGACCCCGCUAACCUCUACACCGUGGUGGCUGUGUUCCCCAACACAAUGGCGGCCCAGAGCGCCUCCUUCAAACUCAACAACAGCGGCGGGAGUUUGUUCAAACUGCGCGCCACCAAAAAGAACUAUGACUUGCGCGUGCUGGAGCGAGCGAGCUCGCAGUGAGUCGGGAGAGAGAGAGGAAGUCGGAGAUGUCAAAGGGAAGAGAUCAUCCUGGUGUUCCUUUGGGAUCUUUUUUAUUGUUUUGUAUCAUUAACCGAAGAGCACAUAUGACACAGAAGCGUGUUGCGUUGUGUGUAUCGUAUGACGCACUCACACACACACACACACACACACACACACCCAUAAACACAAGCGGACGUCUUAAAGGGACAGUUCAGAUGAAAAUGAAAUGAUUUACUCACUUUCAUGGCGUUCCAAACCUGUAUGAAUUAUUUUCUUCAUACACGCAAUGUAUGAACAUGCAAGCAGAUAUUUUUGAAGAACGUUGCUAACACAUUUUCAGUUCCUGUUGACUUUAUGAAAAUACUGUGGAAGUCAAUGCGUACCAAAACUUUUAAUUUAGUUUUAUGCUUUUUUUGCGUGUGUGUUCUGCCAAAAAGAAGGAAUUCAUACAGGUGUGGAACGACAUGAAGAUAAGUGAAUAAUG